GGAGGCGGAGUUUUACAUAAAAUGCCAGUUGAAGGGAAGCGGCGAGUGAACUGAGGAUCUCCUUCCGCCGUCCGUAUGUGCAGAGAGCAGUCUGAUAUCGCUGGGAGGAAAAUGGGUGGGCUGUGGAAAGAGACCCUGGCUCUGGCAGAGGACUACCUGUCCAUUUGCUGCACAAGCCCACAUCAAGCCCCUUCACCUCCCAGCGAGUCAGCCGCUGCCAUGAGGCGUCUGGCCCAGGACAUGGAAAAGCAGCAUCAGGCUCGCUUCCACUCCCUUGCUCAGACCUUCCUUGGGCAGUGCGGGCCGGACCCCUGCUCCAGCCUCAGGAAGGUGAUAGAGGAGCUGGUGGGUGACGGACAUUUGAACUGGGGAAGGGUUGUGUCCCUUUUCACCUUUACUGGGGUGCUGGCCAGACUGUUGCUGGAGCAGAAGGGAAUGAAGCCGGGGCUGGACUCUGGGCAGGGGCAGGAACUGGGACAGGUGCCUGGAAGCUGCAGGGGAUUGGCACAAACCAUAGCCGACUACCUGGGAGAGGAGAAGAAAGACUGGCUGCUGGAGAAUGACAGCUGGGCGGGGUUCUGUAAGUUCUCCCGCAGUGCCAGAGAGGUGAACCAGGACUCGUCCAUGAAGACAGCGCUGUUUGCUGCGGCUGGAGUCGGCCUCGCUGGACUCACCUUCCUCCUGGUGCGCUAACCAGCCUUUUUAGAUCCUUUUGCAUCCUCAUCCAAGUUCUUGUUUCAUUUGGCACAAUUAAGUAGAUCUUUGAUUCAGUCAUUCAUUCUAACAUCAGUGCUGCAAAAACACAGCUUAAUCUGUAGUGAAUUCAGGGUUGUUAUCUCAAGUCAUCAACUGAAUGUUUGCACAUACUCGGACCCCCCCCCCUACACACAUA